CCAAAAUAUAUAACAUCAUUUUGGAUGCUUGUGAUAGUUGUUUUACUCUAUGUGGUGCGUGAUUAUACAAUUAGGUAAUAUUAAAAUACCAUUAGAAAUAUAUUCUGUAUAGUUUUGUGGAUGAUACUUUCCACAACAUACCUUUUAAUCCACCUGAUGUCUCAAUGUCCACACUUUAACCAACAUAAAAGCACCAUAAAUUACAUGAGGUAGUCUUCAUAGUUUUAUAUAGAGAGAGAGCUUGAGAGCUGAGUGCAGCAGUGUAUGGACAACAAUUAUGGGAAGGUUUUCCCCUUGUUUGUGCUUUAUGAUGCUUCUACUAUUGCUCAUCUUUCUUGCCAAUGCACCUGCAACACAGUCAUGGGGGAGUGUAGGGCACCAUAUAACCUGCAAGAUAGCUCAGCCACUUCUGAGUGAAGCAGCUGCAAAAGCAGUGCAAAAACUCCUUUCAAGCUCCGCUGAAGGAGAUUUGGCUUCAAUCUGCUUGUGGGCUGAUACAGUUCGUUCUAUAUAUCCUUGGUCUUAUUGUUUACACUUUGCCAAUCCUCCUGGUGUCUGUAACUAUGACUAUAAUCGGGACUGUCAUAACGACAAGGGAGAGAAAGAUAUGUGUGUUACAGGAGCUAUCAACAAUUACACAGCUCAGUUAGCAACCUAUGGAGACUUCUCAACGGCAGUGACAUAUAAUCUGACAGAAAGUCUGAUGUUCCUUUCCCACUUAAUGGGAGACAUUCACCAGCCUCUGCAUUUGGGAUUUAUUAAUGAUCUCGGAGGAAAUAGACUACCAGUACAGUGGUACACACGACAAACAAAUCUGCAUAAAGUGUGGGAUUUGGAAAUCAUAGAUGAAUCACUGAAAGAGUUUUAUGGUCUAGAGAUUUCAGCUAUGAUAGAAGAUCUUCGGAGAAACAUAACAGGGGGAUGGUCAGAUGAGGUUCCCACAUGGGAAGGAUGCUCCAAGGACUCCCUGUCUUGUCCUGACAGUUAUGCAUCGGAGAGUAUUAGCUUGGCUUGUGAAUGGGCAUAUAAAGGUGUUACUGCAGGAACUAUUCUGGGAGAAGAGUAUUUCCUCAGUCGGUUGCCAAUUGUAGAAAAGAGACUUGCACAAGGAGGUGUAAGAUUGGCUGCAACACUCAAUCGGAUUUUUUCUUCUGGUGUCGAUGUUUAUAAGUGAUUUUCAACUGUGCACUUAAUUACUAUGGCUACCUUACUUCCCAUGUUAAAGAAAAAUGGUUUAAGACAUCAUACAAUUUAUGUUGCAAUGACUUUUAUUUA